AUGGAUGCUCAGGCAAGUGCGAGCCCACGUGCCUGGCCAAUUUUGACUGACUCCCAGCAGGUCGAGAGCGCCAUCCAGAUUGCCUUUGACCCCCGGGCCGACCAGAACCUCAAAGCCCAGGCCUAUGAGUUUCUGCAGCAACUGCGCGACGAUGCUUCGGGCUGGCAAGUCUGCUUAGCCCUCUUCACUCGCGAUGCCCCACCGGACGAAGUCGUGCGCCAUGUCUGCCUCGAGCUGGUCAGCCAUGCUGUUCAGACAGGCCGCCUGGACGAGCAGAGUCUGUCAUAUAUCAAAGACCAGCUUAUGACAUACAUCCACCAAACCUUUGCGAACCAAGCAAACCGUAUCGACUCGCCCAGCAUCCAGAACAAACUCACGCAAACCAUCACCUACCUCUUCACCUCGCUCUACGCCUCUGCCUGGACGACCUUCUUCGAUGACUUCAGGUCACUAGCUGGCGAUGCAAACACAGUUGGCUCUGACAACCCCCAAGGAACCAUUCUAUACCUCCGCAUCAUCAACUCGAUCCACGACGAAAUCGCCGACGUCCUGAUCCCUCGCACCCCGGAAGAGCUCAAGCGCAAUGCCGAUCUCAAAGACUAUGUUCGCUCGCGCGACGCUCAGAACAUCUCAGCCUUCUGGCAGCAGGUGCUCUCGAGGUGGAGACAGAUUGAUCUUGGGAUCGUCGAGUUGUGCCUUCGCUGCGUCGCACGCUGGGUCAGCUGGAUUGACAUCUCGCUCGUUGUGAACGAGACUAUGCUGAACUUUCUACUCGAGAUUGCAGGACAACCAGAUAUUUCUUCGGCCGAGAGCCCUCAAGCAAAGAUUCGCGAUGCUGCUAUCGACACCUUCACCGAGAUCGUGGCCAAGAAGAUGCCUAGCCAGGACAAGAUUCAGCUGAUCUCGUACCUCAACCUCGCCAAUGUCGCCGGCCAGCUUGUCGCUAGCUCUGCUCUUAACCAGUCCAGAGGUACCUCCAACUACGAUAACGACCUCGGCGAAACCGUGGCCAAGCUUGUCAACAAUGUCGUUUUCGACGUCGUCAAAGUCCUCGACUCGGAAGGUCUCGAUGCAAACACGGCUGCCCAGGCCGACGAGUUGCUUCAGCUGUUCGUUCCAUACCUGUUGCGUUUCUUCUCGGACGAAUACGACGAAAUCUGCUCCGCUGUCAUUCCCUCGCUCACCGAUCUGCUCACGCUCUUCCGUGUCUCGUCCAAGCGCGGAGCCCUCCCCGACCAAUACCGCGCCAUGCUGCAACCUAUCCUCGACACGAUUAUCCUCAAAAUGAAGUAUGAUGAGACGGCGGAUUGGGGUGCUGAGAGUGAUCAGACAGAUGAGGCCGAGUUUCAAGAGUUGCGCAGGAGGUUACACGUCCUUCAACAAGCUGUGGCUGCCGUCGACGAGAACAUGUACAUGGAAACUCUGAGCAGAGUCGUUGCUACGACCUUCAACAGAAUCUCGUCAGACAACAAGCCCAACUGGAGGGACUUGGAUCUGGCUUUGUACGAAAUGUACCUUUUCGGUGAACUGGCCGUCAAGAAUGGCGGUCUCUAUCAGAAGAGCUCGCCCUCUAGCACUGCAUCUCAGCACCUUAUUGAAAUGAUGGCCAAGCUAGUCGAGUCUGACAUUGCCUCGUACCCUCACCCUGCGGUCCAGCUGCAGUACAUGGAGAUUUGCGUGAGAUACUGCACAUUCUUCGAGCACUCUACGGAAAGCAUUCCCCGUGUUCUCGAAAACUUUGUCCGCUUCGUCCACAGCGACCACAUCAAGGUCAAAACUCGCUCAUGGUAUCUCUUCUUCCGUUUCGUCAAGCAACUUCGCAGCCAACUUGGCAAUGUUGCUCAAACCGUCAUCGAGACUGUCGCCGAUCUCCUCACCAUUCAGGCCGAGGUACCGAAGGAGAGCGACGAUGAUGACAUGUCAUCUGAAGAGAACGACCAGUCCGCAGACGCCAUCUUCACCAGCCAACUCUACCUCUUUGAAGCCGUUGGAGCGAUUGCCUCUACGACCUCGGUCCCACUGGAAACCCGCAUGCUCUAUGCCCGUACUCUUGUCAGCCCAUUGAUUGCAGAUCUGGAACGUCACAUUCCCGUAGCCAAAAAUGGUGAUGAGCGAGCAAUCAUGCAGGUCCACCACAUCACCAAGGCAGUGGGUACCUUGGCGAAAGGUUUCUGUGACUGGAUGCCUGGCAAUACCUCUGGCGCACCUCCUCCUUCCGAGCUGGCCAAUGAGUUCUCACCAGCUGGUGAAGCUGUUUUGACCGCGCUUGAAAGUCUCAAGAACUCUAUGCUCAUUCGUACUGGUGCACGCUUUGCUUUCUCACGCAUGCUGGGUGUACUAGGCUCUGUCAUCUUGCAAAAGCUACCCAGAUGGAUUGACGGUUUGCUCUCGCAGUCUUCCACUAAGGAUGAGAUGGCUACAUUCCUGAGACUCCUAGAUCAAGUGGUCUUUGGCUUCAAGACUGAGAUCAUCGAGAUUCUUGAUCAACUGCUCACUCCACUUCUGCAGAGAGUUCUUGCGGGUCUCUCAGAGCCUACUACCGGCACUGACGACGCUAUUCAGCUUGGUGAACUGAAGAUGCAGUACCUGCAAUUUAUCCUUGUGAUCUUGAACAAUGACUUGGCGCCUGUUCUUGUCAGCAGCGCCAAUCAGCAGACCUUCGAAACCAUUCUCACAACACUGGAACACUUCUGCCGCGAUACCUCUGAUUAUCCUACUGCUCGUCUUUCUCUUGCCGUCUUGACCAAGAUGACACAGGUGUGGGGUGGCCCAGACCUCACCAUCCCCAUCCCCGCAGGCGCUGCUCAAGCUGCUGCACCAACGGUCCCGGGCUUCGACACUUUCAUCAUGUCACGCUUCUCGCCUCUCACCUGGGCUCUUAUCUCACAACCAUCUUUCCAACCAAAGGACGCCCAAGCACGCAGUUACCUCACAGAAGCCGCCACCUUGCAAUGGACUAUCCUCCGCAAGUGUGGGGCAGCAUACGAGACCCAUCUGCGUGAUUCUGAGAUGUCUGGACUUGGUCUCCAAGGACCAAUCAUUGACGAAUACAUCAAGCAUCUCGAAGCCAAGGACAAGCUCGAUUUCAAAAAGUUUUUCAUUCAAUUCGUGCAGCAAGUUAGGUCAUGA